UAUAUGGUGCACACAGACUUAUUCUCUCGCAUGUGGGCCUACCAGCUUUCUCCUGCUUGAUUUGAAGUCGCUAGAAUUUAUGAGUAUACAUAUGUCAAAAACGGUGGCUCGUAAGACGUAUAUAUAUGACCAAAACAGUCAAAGGGUUAAACGUUUCUAUCUCUAUCCCAUCAAUCUCAGCUGCUUUACCCCCUUUCAUUCUACUCACUGCCCCAUGCACUUCCUCCACACUCACAACUGGUUCUUCCUCACUCCUAUAAGAUGUUAUCCCUCCUUGCCCUAUACACGAAAUCACAGCUUCCCUAUCUUCAUCAACAUUUAACAAUUUCUCAAAAUAUUCCCUCCAUCUUCCUGAUACCUUUAACUCUCCAUUUAAUAACUCUCCUCUCCUAUUUUUAACUAACAUAUCUAUUCGUUGCAACAAUGCUAAAUAGUGAUUUUAAUGUACCUGCACACCAGCACACAGUAGUAUCUCAGCCCUAGAUAUACCUUGCUCACUGAGUUUAAUAAUCUCUAACUUUGCACUUAAAGUAAGAGCCUUACUACUACACUUUUUAUGACAACUACCCUUAGACGUCAUUGUAACACGAAAAAGAGUACAGCCUCUCCUCACUUAAUGACGGAGUUCCGUUCCUAAGACCACACUGGUAAAUGAAUUCAUCACUAAGCAAGGAACAUGCUGUAAUGGUAGUGGGUUUGUGUCAUCCAUUUUUGAUAUUGUUUUAAUGUCACCUUUGCACUAUUUUUAACAUUUUUAGUAUAUUUUUAAAUGUUUAUACAAUAAUGUACUUUUUUUUUUCCAACAAGUCGGCCAUCUCCCACCGAGGCAGGGUGACCCAAAAUGAAAGAAAAUCCCCAAAAAUAAAAACAAACUUUCAUCAUCAUUCAUCACUUUCACCUCACUCACAUAAUCACUGUCUUUGCAGAGGCACCCAGAUACAACAGUUUAGAAGCACAUAUAAAGAUAUAUAACAUACCCCUCCAAACUGCCAAUAUCCCAAACCCAUCCUUUAAAGUGAAGGCAUUGUACUUCCCAUUUCCAUUACUCAAGUCCGGCCAUAUAAAAAUAACUGGUUUCCCUGAAUCCCAUCACUAAAUAUUACCCUAAUAAUACUCCAACAGCUUGUCAGGUCCAAAAACCAUUUGUCUCCGUUCACUCCUAUCUAACAUGCUCACACAUGCUUGCUUGAAGUCCAAGCCCCUCGCCCACAAAACCACCUUUACCCCCUCCCUCCAACCUUCUCUAGGACGACCCCUACCCCGCCUUCCUUCCCCUACAGAUUUAUACACUUUCCAAGUACUACUGUAUAUUGUAAUAAACAGAAUAGGAGAAAUCAGCUCUAAUAUACAUUAUUUAGGUAUGUACAUGUAUACUGGUCAGAAAGCCCAUUGUAAGUCUGAGUCGUUGGUAAAUGAGUACGUUGCAAAGUGAGGGGAGGCUGUAUAUAUAAAAUAUGCAAUAACUUUAAAACACUGGAAAGUUUCCAGACAUAACUGGAAAAGACCUGGAGCUCACGUAGAAUGUAAAUAGAGUGAACAGAUGGUGCAUGGACAUCGUAAUAGCGAAUCAGGAGCUGUAUAAAUGAAUUUUUGGGUAUACGUAAUCUGAAAUGUCCACAUUAGUGAAGUGCCAUAAGAGAAGAGCUGUAAAGCGGGGCCCUCCUGUAAUAGCUAGGGAUGUGUUCUUGAAUUUUGCCAAUUCCACAUUUUUCUCACUCAGCUUUUUUUACCAAAUGCAUUUAUGCUUUGUAAAUAUUCAUUUCAUACAUGAAUGAAGGUUUCACAUUUUGGAGGGAAAAGUGUGAUCAAGAACUGUAGCUUUAUCAUUUAUAUUGUGUUAGAACAUGAGCUGUUGGCUCACUGGGGAAGAAAAGGAGAGUUAUUAGUGAGGGAUGGUGGUGGGUGGAUAGCCUAGGAGCCAUGACGGGAGGCCCCAGCUCUAGCUAAGGAGGACGACAUGGGGUGGGUUGGCUGGGACCCCUGGAUAGUGGCCUGGAAGAUCAAGGUCAGCAAUUGGUACUAUAUAUUCAUCACAUAAUGCUGUAUAUUACAGGAUCAGUUAAACAAGCUGGAGAUGAACAUGAAAAAGAAUCUUGAAGAGCAGCUAGAUGUUCAGCGGAGUAGCCACAAUUGUGUUUGCCUAGGUCUGCAAAAAGGGUGAGAUGUAAUAUACAGAUAUGAAAAGAAAGUUAGGGAGUUAAAUUCCUCUCAUACGAUGAAAAUGGUGGAGCUACAGCAACAGUUAAAGAUACUUGAAGAAGAAAAUGGGAGACUUAAAGCUCAGCAUCAGAGUAUUGUCACAGCUGUAUCCUCCAUCCUGGGGGUGCAACCUGAGGAUGCCAUCAGCACACACGAUCUCUCAAACAGACUAAAAACUAAAUAUCUUGAAGAACAGAGCAAUAACUUAAGAUGUAAGGUAUCAAGUCGACCUGCCUCAGGUGCAAGUUCACGUGGGAAGUCUGCCUCUAAGAGUAGCAGUCGCCCUGCAAGUGGCAAGAGUGCCAGAGAUGUGCCUCGUCUUGGCCUCAGAAGCUCAUCCUCCAGUGAUUCUGAUGCAAGUGUGUUUCAGGAGGGCAGACAGACAGUAAGACACAUACAUGGAGGGUCUCUGCAUACUCUCACUGCUAACUCAAGCUUGGAUACUGGCAAUAAUGGCAAACUUUGGAAUCCAAGAAAUGGAAAUAUAGCUGGGCUACUUGGGCCAAAUAAUUGUAACAUUAAUUUUUUAAUUAACGAUUCAGACAGGGAAUAUAGAUCGCUUCCAGAUCUUCAAACUAAAUCUAAGCUAGUAAAUAAUCUUCCCACUGAAAUGGCUAUGGUUGGAUUGAGUCAGACACGUCAGAAGAAACAGUUUUCAGCUGAAAAUAGUAACCCGAGAGGGAAGGUUAUACCUGAUGAAACAAGAGCUAGACAUGGGAAUACAAGCCAUCAAGACAUUUCAAACAGGCCCAUUCAUCCAUUAUACACAAAGAAAAUCUUUAAAGCUUCAGAAAUUAUCCAAGCUAGUGAUUUUACAGAUGGAGAACUGCAAGACCAGGAGAUGGAAAAAAUGCUUAAAGACUUAAAAAUGGGAAAAACUACUGUUAAAGCAUCAGGCAGUGAAGCUCCCACUCAUGACACUUCCUUUGAUCAAGACCCAGCAAACAUUACCUUAAACAAGCUGAAUGAAGUGUCUAUGCUGCUUUCCCGAUAUGUUUCCCAGUCUUAACGAAGCUUGUUAUUUCUCGUUGCUAUGAAAUUUAUAAAGUAAGUUCUGGUUGUUUAUAAUAUUAGCCACUUCAGAUUUGUCAUUCUUCAUUGUGAUGUGUUUUCGUAUUUUUUUAAGAUUAGAAUUUACUACAGUUGUUUACUUCGAAUGUUAAUAUUGAGAUUGCAAAUUAAAUUUUACACUGAAGCUAUUGGUCUUGUAAAUUUUAUAUUAUAAUAGUCAGCUCUUAUAAAGCUCUUCUAUUUAGUACAGUUUUUCAUGUGAUUGAAAAAGUCCAUAAAAAAUUGACAGCCUCUCCAUGAACUAUUCAGUAUUGGAUGUACAUUUUUCCAGUUGCAUUUACAAAAAAAUUGCACUAUAUAGAGGAGGUUUAUGAGAGAUGAUUGUAUGUAAGAAUGUUUGCUAUCCAAUGAUAUUUGCCUUCAUAUUUUUCAGUGGAAUAAUGUCAUAUUUUUUAAGUUUUGCUUUCUCUUUUUCUCGUCAUGAAAGUGAAAAAUAGAAAAAGAUUUUUGUCUGCCUUUCAAAUUACAUAUUUAUUUAUCAUAUAAUUUUACUGAUAUGUAGAUAAGUAUUCACUGCAGUUACUUUAUGCUUUUAAGCAUCAAUUUUAUCUUUUAAUCAACUCAUGAAAUUGUAACAACAUAUUUGUAACCCUUUGCAAGACAGUAGUAAACCUUGCAUGGGGUUGAAUCCUGACCAUUCUGCGAGUUAUUCUUUAAUUGUUUUCAGAAAUAGUUGAGCAUAUGAUUUUUCACCAUGAUGUUGGCAUUAAUCUACAUACAUAUAAUCUAGCACAUUGUAUAACCUGAUUGUAGAUUUGUCUUUCUAGUCAUGUUGCAGUUGUAAUUUUCUACUUCGGAUUUUGCAUCUAAUAGUUGUCAAUUUCUUAACGGUUAGGGAGAAUUUCUUUGUAAUUGUGUUUCAAGCAUAUUACAAGUUAAUUUUCUGUUUCCUUUAUCAAAUGUACUUUUUAUCAUUCUAUGUUUGAUACCAGUUUUGCCUUUGUUACUUAUCAGGUUAGGCUCUGAAAUAUGGCUAUGCCCCAUUUUGUUUGUAAUUGUAUAUAUGCUAUUGUUUAUUAUCACUUUUCUUUAAUGGGGAUGAGCGGCUGGAUCUGGACAGAAAAUUGUGAAAAAUUGGUGAAAUUUUAUUAAUAAAGAAGCAUUCUUGGCAGUACACUUAUGGAUCUAAAAUGUAAAUCCUAAUUAGAAUAGUUGUAUUGGUAGUUUGGAGGGUCAUUUGAUGCUUGGGCUAUGCAGUAAAGUGAUAUAUGUUCUUUCACAUCUUGAACACCGGUAAAUAUAGUUAACUCCACAAGAAUGAGUACUUGAAUUGCAUCCUCUAAAAAUAGGAAAUGUUUUUAACAUCACAAAUUCGUUAGAUUUUAUAAUAUCCCGAGAUUUUCAGCUAUUUUUUAUACAUAAAAAAUAUGAUAUAGCUUGUAUUUAGAUUUUAA